CCCGUCCUGAGGCGUCGCUCUACGUGGGAGUAGCCCAGUCAAUCCUAACAACUCUCGAAACUCUCCUCAGGAUGACUUCGGUCAUCUCUAAGUUUGUCAUAAAGACCCUGUGCGACCACCAGGGAUGUUUGGACUACAAGCGGCUGGAAGAGAAGAUCGCACAGGACUUCACUGUAGCGAAACCGGUCCUUCAGAGCGUCCUGUUCGACGACGGCAAAAUAGCCAUCCGGGAAGGCAAACUGAAGCUCGACGGCUCACACAUCAUCAGCCAGGACAGUCUGGUAGUGGCUAAAACCAGCCUGCGGAUCUGCCAGAAGAAACCCGGAGAGUGCUCUCAGUGCGACGCGCUACACCUGUGCAGGUACUACGUGUGCGGAGACUGCUCGUUCGGGCUCAAGUGUAAGAAUCCCCAUAGCCUGGCUUAUGCGUACAAUGUGGAGCUUUUGAAAAGAUAUGGUCUUCAAGAUUUGACUGAGAAACAGCUGUUCCAGCUGUUACUGCAGAAUGAUCCUUAUCUGCUUCCUCAGAUCUGCCCACAUUACAACAGGGGCGAUGGUUUGCACGGUUCCUGCAAAUUCACCACCUCAUGCACCAAGAUUCACAUCUGCCAGCACUAUCUCCAGGGUGACUGCAAGUUUGGCUCUUCCUGUAAGAGAUCCCAUAAUGUUAAUGCGCAAGGAACAAAAGUUCUCCGAGGAGUCAGUCAGGAGAAUGUUAAUAACCUUCUUGAGAUCUACAGAAAUAAAUCCAUCAUCCUGGGUCAACAGGAGAGACAAGCUAUUGCUGUUCCCGUGCCGCCAGAGGUGAGACCCCCCUCUCAGCAGCUUUGCCCAAAACAAACCGGAUCCACUGUUUCUGCUUCUGCAUCUAAACCCAUGAGCGAUGCUGAAAGGAAUGAAAUCUGCCUCUUCUUCAUUCGCAGACACUGCAGCUUCAAGGACAAGUGUGCCCGUGUCCAUUGGCACCUGCCUUACAGAUGGCAGGUGUUAGACAGCGAUGGUGUGACCUGGAAGGACCUGCCUAAUAUGGGAGACAUUGAGGAAGCCUACUGUAACCCAGCAAAUGACACAAGCUGCACUGAUGCAGCACCGGCCGCCUUAGGGUUUUUCAGAUUCUUGACUCUUCAAAGUUCUCAAACCACCCCCUCAGCCGACUUCAUGACGAUGACAUAUGGAGGGUCUCCAGUUCGUCGCCUGUCCACUGCCUCCUCUGUGUCAAAGCCACCUCACUUCAUUCUUACAACACAGUGGCUCUGGUACUGGAAGGAUGACAGCGGGAUAUGGCUGGAGUUUGGACAGAAUGACGCUGGCGGACCAGCCUCCGUCACUUCUCAAACUCUGGAGAAUGUGUACCUGGCAGACAGAGAUACAGAGAUUCCCUUUGGUGCUGGCAAACAGCAGUAUGUCCUCCACUUCAAAGGUGCAGCGAUGUAUCAGCAGAAUGUAAAAUACAAAACCAAGAGAGAGGUCAGAAGGAGGCCUAGCUUUGUGUCUGCUCACGAUGUGGAGGUCAAGCUAAAGAGCGCAUCAUCACAAAGCUCCAGUUCCUCCACAGCUGAAAGUUUCCCAGCCCAUUGGGACACGACUGCCCAGCCGGAUUUUGGAUACAAGCUCGUACGCCUCUCCAAAUCUGCGAAGGAGUAUGUUAUGAUUGAGAAGCUGUUCAAGCUCACCAUGCCCCAGGGUAAAAUUAACAACAUCCAGAGGAUCCAGAACCCCUCUCUGUGGAAAGUCUUUCAGUGGCAGAAAGAGCAGAUGAAGGAGAGGAACAAAGCUAAAUCUGUGAAUGAGCAGUACUUGUUCCACGGGACAGAUGAGUCCCUGAUUGAGGCCAUCUGUGAACAGAACUUUGACUGGAGGAUGUGUGGUGUCCAUGGCACGGCCUACGGCAAAGGGAGUUACUUUGCCAGAGACGCGUCCUACUCAGACAGAUAUGCCAGGGCCAAAAGGUGCCUGAACAAGAUCAUGUUUGUUGCUCUGGUCCUGAUAGGGGAGUACACCAAGGGAAGCAGCAGCUUUGUCCGGCCCCCGCUGAAAGGAAACGGCACAACCCUCUACGACAGCUGUGUUGACUGUGAGAGCGACCCCAGCAUCUAUGUUGUCUUUGAAAAACAACAGAUUUAUCCAGAGUAUGUUGUCGACUACUCAUAAAUUACAUUGCUCUUGUUUCCUGGGUUCGAAUGGUUAGCAGGUAAACUUAUUAUGGGAUGCGAUUCACAUUGACUCCGAUUAGUUAGUGGCUUUGGUAAAGGUUCGGCGAUUUUCACAGUGGUGGGAGAAGUAUCUUUACCACAAAUAUAAGUUCUUCAUUCAAUAGCUGACUUAAGUAAAAGAACAAUCAAUCAUUUUAUUUACUCAUUACAUUACAAUAUUCUUUUCUUAACAUUAGAAGUGUAAAGUAGGUAAAAGUGUGAUUAUUGCAGUGUGUCUUGAUGAGUUUGUGUACUUAUUGCCGAAAAAAUAAUGCUUUUUCUUGGUCAAUGUCUAUUAUGAUUGGAAUCUAUGUGGUUGAGACCAGAUUGUCUGCUGCAGGUUGUUCAUGCAAGGCUAAAUGAAGGACAAUGAGGGGGACUAAUAAUCUGGUCAGAUAUAGAAUGAACUGGUUGUUAUGUAAUUAAUAUAUCACAGAUUGCCAUUAAAGUAAUUGCCUGUCACAAAAGCUUGAUUCGUUAUAGUCAGAAGGCUGAGAGGACGACUACUCUCUCUAUUUUUUGAGCGGUCUUUCUUGCUUUUAGGAUGUAAAAAGUUCUCUUUACAGAUGUAAUUUUGUAUAAAUGGGUUUGCAACCAGACUGACAAUUGAAAGGGUAGAAAGCAGCAAAGAUCCCUUCCAGCAACAGUUGAAUAAGAAUAGAAUAAAUCAGCAAUCAUUGCUAAAAGAAGCAUCAAAAUGUGUGCAGAUUUAAAUAAGAACCGGUUCCUGUUUCAGUGUCAAGUGCACAAUAAUGCCCAUAACAAGCUGUAAUACUAAGAUGUGUUUACUAUUGACCGACAAAACACAGUUUAACCUCUUCAAUCUAACCACUGAGAAAACUGCAGAGGGCCCAAAGAAAAGCAGCUUCCAAUAUUUAGAGCACAAAUGCAGGUACUGUUGUGGGUCAAUAAUAGGACCGGAAAACCAAUUAAAAAAUGUUUUAUUUUUCAAAUGUCAGUAUGUUCGCCUAUCAAGUAACACUGUAGGGACAUCAGAUAAAUGUUUGUGAAAAGUGAAAGUUUUAAUUAUUCCAUAACUACUUUAAUUGUAAAUACUACAUUUGUCUCUGUUAAAAAAGACAUAAUUGAAGUAAAGAAGAAAUACAUCAAUUUAACGGGUGACUUUUUAACGUCACUGAAUAACAAUACAACAGAGAGAAAUCUCAUCACACGUGUUUAUUUAGUUACACACCAGUGGCAUUUGACCCAUUAUAAAUGUAUAUAAUUCAAACAGGCACUUUGAGGCCUCUUGCCCUUUAAUCACAGCUGCUGAAAUAUACAUUUUAACUCUUAGAUACAUUUCAAUUAAUCAUCAGUAAAUCACUUUUAUUGUAUACAUUCACCAUUCAAAUUAAUUCAGGGCUCGAUUCUCAAGCAAGUCAAAAUAACUCCCAAACACUGGCUGAAAUUCUAAAUAAGAUUUGCCUACCUGCAUGAUAAAUAGUUAUGUAAUUUUUUCCAAUGUACAAUGUAUAUGUUCUCCCUGAAGGAUAAUGAAAGAGGUCACCAAGAGAAACGUGAUUAAAUGCCUUUACUACAA